UUGGCAACACUGCACCUGCCAUAAAGUGACAGUUAAUUAAAAAUGACAUGUAUUUUCGAAUCUCUUUCAAUAUCCCUGUUCUUUAUCCACGGAAUUUACCAGCUUAAACAGUCAAUCUAAUUUUUGUUCUCCAUAUUAAGUUGUUAGUAUAUAAUGGUGAUAAGUUUUGUGAAAAAUGAUGCGAACUACCGCGGACAUAACCUAUAAACAAACGAAUUACAAAAUAUUAAGAGAUAGAGAAUUGGGAUUAAAAAAAUGUAUUGGAACCGAGGACGAUUUAUCAAGGAAAUUAUAUUCUAAUAUAGAUUUUUACGACAACGGGGUUAUUUUGGAAUAUAAUUACAACCAAGGAGGAAUUUUUAAUUUGGAAUUUAGUCCCGAUGGGCAAUUAUUAGUUGCCGCUUGCGAAGGAAGAACAGUGUUACUUUUCGACGCUUUCAAUUCAACAUUUAUCAAACAAAUACCUAAAGCUCAUUUAAGAUGUGUUAAUUGUGUGCGAUUUUUAGAUAAAAAUACUUUUGCAACAUGUUCAGACGAUGGUACAAUUAAAACAUGGGACUUGAGAUUUCUAAAAACAUCAACAAGAACCCUUCAGGGUCAUUCAAAUUGGGUGAAGAACAUUGAAUAUUCUGAAAGAGAGCAAGUUUUAGUUACCAGUGGUUUUGAUGGAUCCAUUUAUUCAUGGAAUUUAAAAAAUAACCAUGACAUUUCAAUCAGUUAUAAUAAAGUGUUUAAAAUGAGUGGUUUAAUGAGAAUGAAAAUAACACCGGAUGAUACAAAAAUGAUCAUCACAACAACGACUGGUUAUAUGAUAAUUGUCCAUGAUUUAAAUUUAAGUACUAUGUAUAACGAUUUAAAAGACUUCCAUCCUCAUUUAUAUAGGUUAAUGCAGAUGGGGGAUGAAGCCCUCCCAGAAGCAACUAGUUUUAACCCUUUAUUUACAUCGAGUAGAAACAGGGUUGAAUUUGUAGUUGAUUUUCCUAAUAAAGCUGAGUUAAUAAGUUCAGUACAAAUUCAUCCAAUGGGUUGGAGUGCUUUGACUAGAAAUAUUAGCGAUGAUAAUAAUACAGAGUGGACGUGUGUUCAUGAUAUUCAAAUGAAGGAACCUAAAUAUUACGAUGAUAUUUACACGUAUAUUCAAUCGCCGGAAUUAGAAGAAACUAACGAAUCGGUGCCGGAUAAUUUAAUAGAUAUUUGGCAAGGUUUAAGAACGUUAGAUCAAACGGAAAGAAGCGUAGUAAAUCAUCGUCCCCGUGUAAAUUUUAUGAAUAGUGGUCUUCUUCAUCGUCUUCGUAAUCCAUGUCGUGAACCCAACCCCGAAGAUAAAAAUAGAAUGGUGAAAAACCUUCCAAGAUUAACACAUUUUAUUCAAGAGCAGGUUAUGAGACGGGGUUAUAUUAAAGAAUUAUGUUUUUCAAGCGAUGGUAGAAUCAUUGCUUCGCCAUACGGAAAAGGAGUGAGAUUGUUAGCUUUUAACGAACGUUGUCAAGAAAUUUGCGAUUGUUUACCAGAUGAACCCCAACAAUUGGUUCCUAUUGUGAAUAUGCAAGGGUAUCAUUUGGAAGUUGUUGUUAGUUGUAAAUUCAAUCCGAGACAUUAUCAAAUGGUUACCGGAUGCCUUGACGGCGGAAUAAAUUGGUAUAGACCCGUUUUGUAGUCGAAUAAAAAAAUUCUUUUUUUUUUUAUUAACGUGUAUUUAAAAGAUCAAGUUAUAUGUUUCUAUUAAUUUAAUGUUUGUACUUAUAGAGAUGAAAUUAAUCAAUUGUAUAAUUGUUUAAUAAAAUAUUAUUAUGUAACAUUUUCUUUACUGCCAAUAUGGAUGUAAUAAUGUGUUACUUUACAUUAUAAUCUUAAUAAAACAAUUUCAAUUAUUAUUAAAA